GGCCCCAAACGGAGACAUGACCCCGGUGGGCUGCAGUCGAUACGGGACAACCUCUACUGUCACCUGUACGACGAGACAGUGGUCGACCUGUUGGAGGAUGACCGCCAGCGAACCACCAACAUCCACCAACGCAUGGAGCGACAUUGGCUCGGCUCGCUUGCCAUACCGUUCGCCUCGCUCUAUGCCAACUCAAGGGUGGAAGGCACAUUCAAGCUGUACAGUCCGCCGGUGGUGUGGGCUACGAGAGAGGGAACAGCCACGCACAUCCCCCCGUCACGUGACGUCAGUCAGCCACCCCUGCCCAUCCCACCCAUCCCAUCUGCGCAACAACACAUUCCUCACCCUAUUCAUUACCGUGCAUCCCACCUCUGCAUUUACCUGGCCGUUCAAGGUAGCAAAUAUCUAUGA